GAGCUUAUAAAAGUUAACGUGACAACACCGUAUGUCAACCUGAUUGAACAGGUGGCUUUUAACAUCAGCUAUGAUCGAGGACAGAUUCAUCUGAAUGGAUUUCCCUUGAGUAAAGGUGUUUCAAGAAUAUCCUGUAAAAUGGACAAAAUGGAUUAUGGAUUGCCUUAUGAGCAGUUGAACAUGGUACAUGAGGCUUUGGUCAGUAUGCGAUUACUCAUUUUGCACUGGCCUAUGAACUCUAGUACUGGAGAAACUAAGAUAAUUGUUCAGCAAGAAGUGGUUGAAAUUGAUGGAAAUCAGGUUUAUCAAAAUGUGACAGCUGAAAUAAAACUAGUAGUCGGUAGAGAUAUGGAAGUACUUCAGCACAUGGUGUUGAAUAUCCUUUUGAAAGAUACGUGGCUUUACUCCAUUCCAAGGACCAGUGAUGUUUUAUUUACAUUUCCAAAUAUACCACAAGCAGGUGACCGUGUUCCACAGGAAACCACCAGGGAGUACAAUGUAAGGCAAAACACAACUAUGGAUGAAGAUCCUUUUCCAGGAAAGCUUCCAGAAACCCCUCUCCAAGCAGUGAUCCCAGCUUCAUCCUAUAAAGUGAUGUGCCAAUUUGCAGAUGAUCUGAGAGAAAAACUCUGUCUUAUCUGGAAUGGGCUAUAUCCUGUUUUAAUUAACUUUAUAGAAGUUUUCAUUGUGGGAGUGAUAGCUGCUGCUCUUGUCUUACAACUACUGAAGUUGGUGUAUCCAUCAAAAGAACACAAAGGAAUUCUGCAACCCUGUGAUAUCAAGGAUUCUGCCGUGUAUGUUCCCUUAAUUUUAAGUCCUGAAGAAGUUACAGUGAAAGCACAGGAGGCAGGAAAUUAUUAUAUA